UACGGAGAUAUAUAUCCGUACAGUGUCAUCAACAAUCGACAAUCGGCAUCAGAAGUUGUUUUGUUUUUACGCGCGUCGUUUUGCUAGCUGUAAAACAUCUAUUGCCUUCUUGUAAAUUCCUGAAUCACGAUAAAGAAUUGUCUAUUUCUCCUAAGUUUAGUCAUGGAUAAGCCAGAUUGUAAGUACGGUGCCUCGUGUUAUCAGAAGAAUCCAGUCCAUAAGGAAAAAUAUCGCCACCCGGUGGUCGAAAAAGAUGAAUCGAAAAACCAAAACUCACCGCAAAAGAUAGCGGAUGAUACAUCCGAAUCAUCUUCGAAACGACGAUCCCAUUCACCUAAUCCUUCCGAAGACCUUCUGGAGGAGGUCAAAAAAUGCAAGCGUCCACCAACUCCGGAAAAGGAUCACAACAACAGGGAGGAAAGCGAUCAGAGCCACGAGUACUAUGGUAUGACACGACAGCGGUACACCCUUCCGGAAGUGCCUAUGGAUGUUGGGCUGAUGAGUGAUAUCUACGACCCUCAAAUUGAGUUCUCGAAGAAGGCUGAAUACCAGGAACUUUGCGCAGAUCCCAAGCAAUUCAUCAAACACAAAUUUCUCGUCGAUAUGCCGCACUGUUUCGAUUCCUUAUGGAAGUUUUGCGAAUCUAAAAGCUCGGAUAAACCGGGCGAAGUUUUCGACAAGCUCGGACUACGGCUGGUAGGGGCAUUCGACGUUCUAGCUAAGAAAUUCAACGAUGCAAAAAUGCAUGAGCCGGGAGACUAUCUUCGGCACUGGAGGUUCUACUAUGAUCCACCAGAGUUCCAAACCAUUUUGGUAAAGAAAGGAACGGGUCUCCAUUACGGUUACUGGAGGGACAGUCCAAGUGAUACUGCCGGUCUGGUUGCAGUUAACGAUGUAAAUAAGGGUUGUGAAUUCAAGCUCAUUGGGGAAAAUGCGUUUGAUGCUGUGAUCCACUUUUUGGAUCACGAAGUAACAACAACUCCUUUUAACAAAGCGCAAACUGCAACCAUGAGGAAGUCGCUCGAAGAAUGGGCGAAAGAACAUAACAUUAAACUGAAAGGACAGGAUCAGUUACGUGCUCGCAACAAAGCGGUCGUUUGCAAAACGUUCCACAAAGCCGGUAUUGUUGUGCCGUUUGAUCGUAAGAAAGAGUUGGGUUACCGGGAGCUGCUGGAGAGCGACGCUAACCUGAAGAAAAUAUUGUCGAAGUUUGAUGGCAUUGAUAAAGCCACUAACAAGGCAGGCUUUGACACGGCGAUGGCUGAAUUGCAGCCGAUCGUAACGGGGGCUUUCAUUGCCGUAGACGAGUGCGACUUUGGGACGGCACUGGAGCUAGCGGUGGAUUUAUUCUGUAGCGGGGCACCGUGUUUGCAUGAUGUGAUGAAGCCACUCUUUGUGACAGCAUAUUCGAUGCUGAAAAGGCCUCAGUACAUUGCGAUCAUGAAGUCUCAUCUGGAUAACCGUCGAAAAGGAAUCGAACUGGAUCUAUUGCAUAAAUAAAAUAUUUCGUCAGUAUUAUUUAUGAGAAAUAAAUUCUUGAGUAAAAA